AUGGCUCAGGAUGGAAUAGGCCCGGUCCAACAGCAGGACAGUACUGCAUCCAACAACAUGAUGCUCAACACAAUGCCUACAGCUAUCGUAAAUGAUCCCUUCGAUUGGGCCGGACCAAACUUUGAAUUUGCCGACCUUUCUGAAGCGAGCUCGACUCAGCCCUUUACGACUUCAUUGGCUGGCCAGAUCUUCGGAGCACCACAGGCCACUGACGUCAUGCCGUUGACCCUUACCCUCGUCGGCCAGCAUGUCGACGUUACAUGCCGAAACUUUGGCCCGUUCAGGGUGAAGCCAUGCUGGGAAAACUGGAUUUACGAAGAGUCUAGGCGCCGUCUGGCAGUACUCUACCGUACUUUAAACGUCCUUAUUUAUUUUGAACCUGCCGAGAUGUGCACCUUGCAAUCAGACCUGGUCAUGGCACCGCUGCCAGCAAGGAAACGGCUGUGGGAAGCCGGUAACCCUCUGGCGUGGAAGGAGGAGAUGGCAAAGGAUCAGGGCGUGCAGUCUGAAUAUGGGCUUACUGCCAACGGCGAUUUGGUCCGGAUGUAUGCCAGUCAGGACUAUUGCAACGGCGAAUCGAGGCUGAUGUACGAGACAAUAGAUGAAAGAAGCAUGGCACCGUCGUCGUCACACAAGUCCUCUGACGUGUGGGAGGACUGGUGUUCCGGCAUGGAUGAAUUUGGGGGACUAGUUAUGCUCGCAGCAGUCGUGCUUACGUAA